CUCAACUUCCAUACCCUCUAGCUCCUCUAAGUCCUCUGCAUCACUUUGCUUCCCUUCCCCUCUAAGCGCCCUAGCUUUGUGUACACUUAACUAACGCCACCAACCCCAGCCCAACCCCACCACCCACUUCUCUCCCUUCAUCUCCAACAACCUAACCUUUUGUCCUACAACAAAAGAAAAACACUUUGUUGGAGGGAGGAAAGCUAAGGGAGAAAGAAUACAAUUAAUAAGCUAGGAUGGGUUCUGCUGGGAACCAAAAUCCAUGGGCACCAUAUGAUAGCUAUAAAGAUUGUUCACUGGGGAUUUGCAGCGUGUACUGUCCCCAAUGGUGCUUCUACGUCCUCCCUCCACCACCCCCCGAUGACGAAGACGAUUCUGCUCCCACUUUCUCCCCUCUCAUCAUAGCCAUCAUUGGCAUUCUGGCAAGCGCUUUCCUCCUCGUCACAUAUUACACUGUCAUCACAAAAUACUGCAGAAGAAGAGAUAGUUCGGGGGCGGAUUUGGAAGCCAACAGCGACCAAACGCCUCAGGAUCAGUGGCAGGUCUUGGCCGCCCCUUCUGGUUUAGACGAAACCGUGAUCAAGUCCAUCACGGUUUGCAAGUACAGGAAAGGUGAAGGGCUCGUGGAAGGCACAGAAUGUUCUGUGUGUCUCUCUGAUUUUCAAGAUGAUGAGAGCCUGAGAUUGUUGCCUAAAUGCAGCCAUGCCUUUCAUCUCCCUUGCAUCGACACAUGGCUUAAAUCCCACUCCAAUUGUCCCCUUUGUCGAGCCAAUGUAGCUAAUCCUCCUCAUCAAUUCUCAGGAGACUCCUCCGAGCAGAAUAACUCAGCUUUAACCCCACCACCCCCCAGUGCCGCAGAACAAUCAGACUUGGUUUUGGUGGUUGUUGAUGAUCACCGCGAAGAGGGUAGUAGCGGCUGCAAUGGGGAGAGUUCUGAGAGAGGUAGUAGUGAGAAAUAUGGAGAUGAUGAAGAAGAAAAAGGAGAGGGUGUUAAGGUGCAGUUGAGAAGAUCAUUAUCUUUUGGUGGUGAGCAGAGGCAGCUAAUUUUGAGGGGUUCCGAUGAGAAGAAUGCUGCUUUUGGGAGAUCCAUUUCUACAGGAAGAUUAAUGUUUUCAAGGUAUGACGACAAUGGCAAAAACCUCUUCUGAAAUCUGAACUGUACAUCACAGCUCAUUGGAAAACUUUUUUUUUUUUCUUUUCUCUUUCCAUUGUAAAUUCUGAACAUAUACCAACACAUGAAAUUGAUGAUGAAUUCUAAUGUCUGGGUAAUUGGGUCCUUUAUCUUGACUUAAUACCAAAAUUUCUCUAAUUUUUUACUCUUA